CGACGUUUUCGACUAGUUCAACCUUCCCUCCAUCCUUGGGUGUGCGACGAACCACGAGUCCAACACGCUUCCGUCCUGAUCUUUCGAAAUUACCGCCAGAAAAAAAAAUAAAAUAAAACAAAAUAACUUUGGUACUAAAGCCUUAGUGCGCGUGGGUCGUAUCGGUGGGCCACCAAAAGUCACAAGAAAAAAAAAAAAAAAAAAAAAAGAUCUCACCAAACUCCAUCCGAGGCGGGAGGUCCAAGCUCAUUCCACACCGGCUGCUCCUUUUGCAAGACCACGGAGAGGUAAGAGGUUUCUCGCCUCCAGCGGCAGCAAAAAUCGGGAUUCUCACCAAGGAGGGUCGACAAUCCGCAUCAUCGCCGUUCCGCGACGUUUUUAGCUUUGGCCCUUCGUACACAGUACAUCCAUUCGCAUCGCGUUGCCUCACAAGCCAACGAUUAUUGCCCGCGACGGCUCUCGAAGCAAAGCAAUUUCUCCACACCCCUGCUUGGGACUUGAGGACGGAGCAGGGUGACCCAAUCUCGUCGAGUGGAGCCCUGUUGCUUUAUCGGAUUAUCAAAUUCCGCCAAAACUCGUUAGCCAGGAUUCCCACCUCGACUUGGCCCCCAAAUACCAAGGCUUGAUCCUGGCUCGACUCUUCUCCCUGGCAGUCAACGAGCUUUCCUUCUCCACAUCCGCCGCGAUCUGGCAGCGCCGGGUUCGACAUCCUGACGAGGUCGAAGACAGGGGAUAUUCAUAACAAACGCGGUUGGUUUUUUUUUUCUUAAGAAAAAAAGGAGAUUACAGAGAGCCAGGGAAGGGAGGCUCCCCAUAGGGCACGUGUAAUUUUAUAUACGUGAAUCUGAAAGCUCUCCCACAUCCUCACUAACUUUUGUGUGGAGCAAGAGGGGUAAGGCAGGAAAAGGGACAGCAAGAGGAAAAAAAAAAAAAAGGAAGGGAAAAUUACGAUCUCCACCCUUCACAUCGAUUUCAUCGUAUCCGCCAGCAAACCAGGGGACUCUCAGGCUCGUUUGGGUUACUUUCGUACGGUCCAGAAGUGUACAAACAUCGGUACCGUUUUAUACACACCUCACGCAUAACAUCUUGGUACAUUUAACUCAGCACAAGCGUCCGCCAAACUAUUAUUUUUCUUUUCUUUUUGACGCUACAACUGUCUCUGCCUAUCCUCUUCCCUGCGGAACGGUUCCACCGUUGGUUCAACCACCCCGUCGGCUAUCCCCCUUCAACCAUACCAAACUCUGCAAGAGACCUUUGGGUCGCGUUGGCUUAUCGGCUGCUCCUGCUGCAGGUCCCACUGCAAAAGACCAAUCUUUGCCGGUCUAAAAUAUUUCAACCUUUCUCCAACUGGCUCGAAUUUAGUUCAAAAACUGAGAGUUGCCACCGCUGCACCAUCGUCUCAAAAAACACUCCGUCAAAAAAUCCCCCCCCCAUCGUAUUCUGCCCUCGACAUCGAACCUCGCCAAUCCAGACCUUUCCCCUCCUGGACUACUGCGUUUCGUUGCCUUUGCCGCUGAAGAUCGCGCUCUUAAGCAUCGCCAUCCCGACUUCGCGCGUGAGACGGCCCAUACUUGGUUUGGUCUGGUUCUUCAGGCAUAACUUAUUUUCUGUGGCUCUGCUCCCUGGAGGUCUUUCUCGCUAAGAGGAAACUAAAAAGGGGUCUAAAAAGAAGGCUUGGUAGUUGGACCAACACAAGUUUCCACGCGAUUUGUUUGGGGUGCAGCCCACAACACCAAUUACCUCGCCAAACCUUUGAAGGACUAGCCUGCGGUGUCGAGCACCCUGUUUCGCGCCCGCAGGUUGGAACCUAAAAAGGAACACCUUGCUUUGGUCACCGUCUACUAUAUUGUGAACCGGCGCUCUUUCGUGACCGGAACACCCCUUCUUUCUUCGUCUCCAUACAAUAAUAAUAUAACUGUUUCGGUUCAAUCUACUGGACUGAGCGAAGCCACCCGCCGCUAAGAUCGCGAGGUACUUGUCGGAGGAUAUACAAGGGACCUUUUUUAGUUAGGCCACACGACAAGUCUAUUAUAUGGACAGACCUGCCCAAGACUACGCGCAGUCAGGUUUGACCUCCGAUCCUCCAAACUUGGCGGAACAGGAAUCUGAACAGUCAGCCGCAGACCAGACUACUGCUGCUGCUGCUGCCGCCGCCGCCGCUGCUGUCGCGUCCCCUCAGUACAACACGUCGCAGCCGGAAAACCGAGCACCUGCUCAGUACACAGCACCCGCCGAAUCUCGAGUCACCGGCAACAUUUCUGCGUCCAAUACGCCUCAACCAGAAUAUACCCUGAAUCAGGCAGCUCAGGCUCCGCCUCCACCUCCUCCGGCAGCUACGGCACGGCCACCUGCGCCGUAUCCUGACUAUCUCGCUCGACAGCCGCAAUACCACCACGCGCCUAAUACCCAAGCCGGCGGCGCGGCAGGUAUGGCUCAAGCAACAAGUCCGUCCAUGAACCUGCAAGAUGGGCAGCAAAAUGACCAUCGCAAUCCCACGCAAAUAAAGUCUGACACGGACGUUCCUAUAGAUCCCUCGAUCGCGGCGGCGAGCCCAACCUACCCUCCUCCCUACUCCCCUUACCAACCUCAAGGCCAUGAUAUGGCUCAGUAUCAAGGCCAUCCGCCUCCACAGAUGUACGCGCGCCCAGAGUGGCCUCACCAAUACGGGCAGCACCAGCCUGGCCUUCCUGGACCCUACAGUUCUCCGGCAACCACUGUCGGAACUGCAUCGCCAGUAGCGACAGCAGGACCACGCCCAGGACAGGUAUACUCAUUCGUGCCAAUUCCCGGCUCCCAACAACACAAGCGACCGCGCCGACGAUAUGAGGAAAUUGAACGUAUGUAUAAGUGUGGAUGGAACGGAUGCGAAAAAGCGUAUGGUACUCUUAAUCAUUUGAAUGCCCAUGUCACAAUGCAAUCUCAUGGAGCAAAACGUACUCCCGAAGAGUUCAAAGAAAUCCGAAAAGAAUGGAAGGCACGCAAGAAGGAAGAAGAAAACCAGCGCAAAGCUGCAGAGGAGAGGGAGCGGGCCGCUGCUCAGAGCCAAGGAGCCGAGAAUAACGCCCCCCCGGACCCAAACAACGUGACCACGGCUCAGCAACCGCCACAGCCAGCGCCAUACCCGGCCGGCGUCCGUCCCCAGCUUCCUCCUAUCGGAUAUCAACCUGCGGACGGCCAGGUACCAAGUCAAUACAGCAACUCGACUGGCAGUGGGCUUGUUUAUCCGUCUGGGAACGGACAGAUGCCUGCGACCUAUCCUACCAAUUAUCCCCACUCUCCGUAUGGCCAAGGAAAUCAGGUCUAUCAACAGCCCCCACCACCGGCCCGUGAGUAAGAUCACGUCUCUAUUCUGUGUCGAUGUCCACUCCAGUCUAGUUUAGGCAUGGUGUCAAUCGAAUCACAUCUGGCUUGCAACAUCAAAUAUUGUUGCUGACAUCUGAACUCACAGGCCCAGAUGGCCAGCUCAACAACUAUCAAUAAAAAUGACUGGUCACGAGCAUGGAUGGCCCCGACUGAUGACCGAAAGCAUCUAGAUUAAUUCUUGGUGUUCUCCUCUUCUCCCUUCUUCGAAACAUACCCCCAGCUUCACAUUUCUACUUUUGUGCGACUAUUUAAUAGCCUUCUUUCUACAUAUUUCCUGCUAUCUUCAAUGUUUUCCUCGUGAAAGGGAGGGUCUACCCAUGCACUACUGAUACCAUUCUCCAUUUUCUACUACAGCAUCAUAUCAUUUUCCAUGUACCAUCUGGUGUUCUACGACUAAUAUUCUCCUUUUAACAUCUUGUGAUAGAAGGGAGAGAGGAUGCGUGGCGAAACAUAAAAUAAAAAUCCAGGUGCUUUAAAAAACGGGGGAAAGAACUUGUAAUAAUGUGACAAUGGAUGAUGGUUUUCGACUUGGGUGGUGGGAUGUGCAUUAAACAUUCUGGUUUUUUUCUCUCUUCCAUUUUACCCUUUUCCUUUACUGGAUGACAAGUUGAUGGCGUUUUCUUUUCCACCUUUUUGAUUUCCUCUCUUCUCGUUUACGGCCGUUUUGAGAUGCUCUAAGCCUUCUUCUUGCCAUGCAUUGGCAUUUUUAAUCUACUUUUGCCUGCAGAGGCCUGAACCUCCCCGGCCAAAUCUCCACCUUGGUCUUUUUUAUCAGGAUAGCUGGUUGGAAAGUCUGUUUCAUUCCUUAUGCGUUAGCCCUUCAUAGUGUGUCGCCUCUCCCCAUACAGACAGCAAUCUCAGACUUAUUCCCCCCUGUUCACAUCUAUGGGCUUCUUACUGAUCCUUCUUGGUUUUCGCGGUAUCUUCUUCAGAUUGUAUUUCCUG